GCCAAUUUCAAUUCUCUUCUAAACUACCAAGUCAGAUACGAUUCUGUUUUUGUGCGCUAACAACUAGUAUCAGAGUAGAGUUCUGUGAACUCUGAAGAUCAAGAACAGCAAUGACGAUGAACUAUCUCAUAUCAAAUCUCCCUAUUCUUGAUGGCAAGAACUGGAGCCAAUGGUCCAUUCAAAUGAAAGUGAUUUUUGGCUAUCAAUAUGUCUUUGAGAUAGUGGAAGGAGGAUUUUUUAUUGUGACUGAGAGAUCCACGGAACCGAAGAAGAAUGCGUUCAGUGAAAACAAGAAGAAAGACCAUAGAGCUAUGUUUUUUAUUCAUCACUGUGUUGGUAAUGCACAUUUUGAGAAAAUUGCUAAUGCUUCAAGUGCUCAUGAAGCCUUGCUGGAGAAAUGCAACGAAGGAGUUGAGCAAUUAAAGAAGGGCAAGCUUCGAACUAUGAGAAGGCACUAUGAAAUAAUGCAGAUGGAAUGUGUUGAGAAGAUAGAGGAAUAUGUGAUUUGAAUAUGUGUGGAGAAAAGAUGAUUGAGCAGAACAUUAUUGAAAAGGUAUUAAUUAAGAACCCUACCUCACAGUUUUGACCACAUUAUCGUUGCUAUAGAGGAAUCCAAAGAUCUUACAACAAUGAAAUUGGAAGAAUUACAAGGUUCUUUGGAAGCAAAUAAACAAUGUCUUCUUCAAAGACAGGCAGACAAAUCUACAAAUCAAGCACUUACAACUCAAACUACCAAGAAUCCAUUCUAUGGAAAAGGUUUCCGUGGUAGGAGCAGAGGCAGAGGUAGAUCUAAUAGAGGCGAUACCAGAAAAACAUACUUACACUCAUGACCAACAAAGAAAUGAUCAAGAAGAAGUGGAAACAUCUGCCAAGAGAUGUGGUUUUCAUCAGAAUAGAGGUGGUAAGAAGAGGAUUGACCGUGAGAAGAUAAGAUGUUUCAAAUGAAAUAAGAUUGGACAUAUCUCAAAUGAAUGCAGAGCACCUAGUCAGAAUGACCAGUUUGGAAAUGAAAGGCAAAGAGAUGAAGCAAAUCUGGCACAAGAUUUAAAAGAAACUGAUGAAGAACUAGAAACUCUAACGAUGACAACACAUUUGAACAAAAAUAAUUUUAAUACUUCGUAUUUGGACUCAGGAUGUUCAAAUUAUAUGUUCAAAUUAUAUGACUGCCCACAAGAACCGGCUAGUCAAUUUUGAUCACACCAAGAAAAGCAAGGUCAGAUUUGAAGUUGAUUGAUUGAUUGCUUCAGAAGAAACAUGAGAUGUUGUCAUUAAGAGGAGUAAUGAUGUCGGUGCUUUUAUUACAUAUGUACUAAUAUACUAUUUGUUCCAGAUAUGAAGAGUAAGUUGUUAAGUCUUGGACACUUGCUCGAAACAUGUUUUACCAUUCAUAUGGAGAAAGGAAUCCUGGAUAUUUAUUUGACUCACUUGGAAAA